AUCUCUUCUUUUUCUUAUUAUUCUUCUUCUUCUUCUCCUCUUUAGCGGAGGCAAUUUCGAGUUCUUCGAGCUUCUGUGUUUAGGUUCCGAGGAUGAUGGAUUCUGAAUCUCAGCAAACAACUGUAACUCAAGAAGAGGAUUUUACAUCAGUAAGGGGAGAAGCAAAUGUCAAAGAAACGAAAACAGAUAAAAGCAUCAAGACUGCUAGUUCUAGCCGCUGGUCGGAGCUCCCUGAUGACGUGUUAAGAUCCGUGUUCGAACGUUUGAGUCUUGUGGAUUUUCACCGUGCUAAUAUGGUGUGUUCGAAUUGGAAUUCGUGUUCGAAACGAUCCUUGGUAAGAAAAAUCGGAUCACCAUGGCUGAUUUUGUUUCCAGAGGAUGGUGGUUGUGCUCUCUACAACCCUGAUGAAGCUAGAGUUUACAGAACCACGAGAGACUUUUCAGGGACUCGGUUCUUAGCAAACUCAGGCAAAUGGUUCCUGGUGCUAGAUUCUGUUUCCAAUCUCUGUAUCAUUGAUGUGUUUAGUGAGAAGAGGAUUCAUCUUCCACCUCUAGAGUCGUUCAAAGGUGCGCUUUUUAGUCUUGAGCGAGUAGGAGACAAGAGAUUCAAGGCGAGCUUGGUUUAUGGUAGCAAAGUUUACACCCAGAGGGCUGAGAAUCUGAGAGGUCUUUUGUGGGUAGACGAAGAGAAGCAAGAAUACGUUGUUGUCUGGUUCUUUGGCUUGGGUGCCCAAUAUUUAGCUUAUUGGAAGAACGGGGAAGAUCACCAUAGUGAAGUUUCUACACAAAUCGAUCGCAAGGACUUAAAAGGCUUGUCUGAUAUUGUACUCCAUGGUGGUGGUAACAGUCUUUACGCCUUGAACACUGAUCAAGUCGUUCAAAAUCUGAAGUUUUCUAGAAUAGGAGGUUUCUUUUACGUGGGUGCGUAUCCUCUCACAGAGGGAGCAAGAUUUAACAAUUAACAUUGCUGUUACAACAUCAGGAACGGUUUUGUUGGUUGAGAGCAUUUUUAACGAGACAACAAGGCGUAGGAGUUUCCGUCUCUACAAGAAGAAGAGUAACUAUUUUCCAGAAAUAAAUGAUCUUAUGUACAACUCGAACCGGACUGUUGAUGAGGUCUACUCUCCAGGUGAUGAGGCCCUGCUUCUUGGUUUGGGUAUCACCGUGCCUGCUGACCCUAACCUUGGUCUCGAACCAGACUCUAUCUACUUCACCCGUAAUGACCGUGCUUGCAAACGUGGCCAAGAUUCGUCCCCGGACAUCUGUGUAUUCAAUCUCGCAACAAAGACCCUGAAACGCUUCUCUGGUCUCGGUCUCGAUCUCUCCAACAACAACAACUUAAAGCUCAAGGAUGCUCGGUGGUUUCUCUCAUCUUGAAUUUGAUUCUCUCUCUGCAUUUUUGUUGUUCUCUAAAUUCUCUUUUGUUGUUCUAGCUAGUCGGGCUUUGAAAAACUAUCUUUGGUUUCAUUUUGUUCUAUAACAUUUAGAAUUUAUAAACUUUGCCAUGUGUU